UUACUUUUAGGCAGUUCCCCAUCAGGCAGCCACACACACCCGAGCUGAGCUGAAGCUGACUACAGCCAUGGACAGCACUGGGAGAGCUGGAAUCUGACCGCAGGCAGCACAGCUCCGGCAGAUUUCUUUAAAUUACAAAUCUAAACACGCCGAGAGGCAGCUGUGCUCACACACACACACACACACACACUCAUACACAAACACACACUCACACACACACACACACACACACACACAGACAUCGGCAGAGCUGCUGAGCAAACACCUUGUCUCAGCUCACAGGAUAUAUACCCUCUCACACACCAUCUCCCUUUUAUCUCCUCCUGGCUUCCCGGAGGAAGAUCGUGCCGGCUGUUUUUCAUGGAGAAAGUCCAGGGAGAAAUGGAGAUUGAGAGAUGGGAAAGAAACGAAGAGAUUUCAGACGCGGAAAAGAAGGUUAUCCAAGAGACCUGGAGCAGAGUGUACGCAAACUGCGAGGACGUCGGGGUCUCCAUACUCAUCAGGUUUUUUGUCAACUUCCCCUCGGCCAAGCAGUACUUCAGCCAGUUCAAGCACAUGGAGGAUCCUCUGGAGAUGGAGAGGAGCUUGCAGCUUCGGAAGCACGCUCGGAGGGUCAUGGGUGCCAUCAACACUGUGGUGGAGAACCUCAAUGACUCUGAAAAGGUCUCCUCUGUUCUGGCCCUGGUGGGCAAGGCCCAUGCCCUCAAACACAAAGUGGAGCCCGUCUACUUUAAGAAACUCACUGGUGUCAUGCUGGAGGUCAUUGCUGAAGAAUAUGCCAACGACUUCACCCCGGAGGCCCACAGUGCCUGGACCAAGAUGAGGACCCUGAUCUACACCCAUGUGACAGCAGCAUACAAGGAGGUGGGCUGGGCUCAGUACCCCACUGCCACCCUGUGAGAGGCCAGCAGGGCAGGGAGAGGGGCAGGGAGGGCUUUGCUCACCCCAGGACUUCACUCUGGUGUCUUCUCAAGAUCUUCACUCAGUCUGGGGAGCCUGGCAGGGUCACCUCUGUUAGCUGCCAGGUCACAAUUUGGUCUCCAUGGGGUUUAAAAACAAACUCAAGAAGCCAAAAAGGAAACAAAAAAUAAUAAUGGAAAAAAAAUAAUAAAAUUAGAAGCCCCAAGGGUGGGGUGGGUCAGGGUGCAGUGUUUGCAAGGGAUGCUCGAAGGGGAUGCAGAGCAGGAGGGGAGAGAGUUGGUUGUUGGCUCCAUCUUACUGGCCUGGCCUGUCCAUCACCACCUCCCACAUCCCACACUUUGCUUGUGCCAUCCCAAAGCCCCUUGCCUGAGCUCUGUGUGGCAGUGACAUGCAGCCCCAUCUGUUGAGGAACAACAGGACCCUCAUUUUCCACCCAGAGCCCCCCCAGUAAGCCCAGCUCCUUCCUUUUGGUGUGCAGCGUCCAUGGGCACCUCCAGCUGGCACCAAAACCACUUUUGCUUUUGCACUUUCUCUGCUCCCCUGGCAGGGUGGCAGGGCCACCAUCACCCUGCACCCAGCAGCCCUCACCUCUCCUGGCACCCACAGGCCCCCUCCUUGGCUGGCUGGCCCAAACCCUCCUGGGGAUGGAGGGGAUGGGAGAGAUCUGCUGCUCCAGCAUGGGACAGUGUGGAAAAGGAGGGGGAUGCCUUGGGACUGCCUCCCCUCCUGGCUUGGAGCAUGGGGUGAGGGUGGAGGUGUUGGCAGGGUGGGGGUGUGCAUGGGGGCAGCUCUGCCCCAUUUGCUGGUCAAGAAGCUUCAGGAAGGGGAAAAGAUGAAGCAGAUCAAGGAGGAGGGAUUUCUGAGUGUAAAGGAAGGUCCCUGGUCUGUUAAAAUUAAUAAUAGUUUGUUACCCAGAGCGUGGUCCUGCCCUCCUGGUGAAACUGGGUUUCUUCAAGUAAAGUGCCUGGUAGAAAUCAGUCCCUGCAGGAGCUGGGUCUCUCUAGGGGGUUGGCAGUGCCUGUGCCCCGCAAGGAGCUCACAGAACUCAUCCAGCAUCCAACACUGAUUCCUCUUGAAGCUGGGGCUGAGUCUGCUUGGCUUCUGCCUCAGUUUCCCCUUUGGUUAUCAAAAAGGGAGGAGGAGCAGCAGCAGCAGCCCCGCUGCCUCCUGCACAUGUGCUUGGAUUUAUAGGAUGCUUUGGGGACUGAUUCCCAAAGGAUUAGGGGUGCAUCAGAUGUGCUAGGAUGCUCCUUGCCACCCAGUGUUUCCCAAAAUGUCUCUUUUAUUUCGGAUGCUCUAAUGUUCAGGGCAGUGUUACCAAUGUGGGAGGGGGGUGAGGUUCCCUUCUCAGUUUUCCUCUGCCCUCACUUCAGCAGAGCCCCUGGGAACUGCCAGCUCCCUGGGGACACCUGGGUGUCAGCUUGGCAGGCAGCAUGGCCCAUGGGACACUGCCUGGGGACACUCCCUGCCCUGGGGACACUUGGAGGGGGCCCAGGGACCCUCCCUGGGCUCAUCUCCCUCCCCGGAGCAGUCAGCCAGCACCUCCUGCCUUGCUCACCUGCAGCUGGUUCAUUUUUAUUUCAUCAUCCCCAUGGAAUAAGGGUUUGGGUUUUUUACCUGUUUCUCAUGUUUUGCUUCCAUGCCAAGGGGCUCCUCUGCCCCCAGCCCUGGUACUGCAGGAGGGGUUUGGUCAUCAGUGGGUUCCUGAUCCCAGAAAAGCUCUUGGUGGGGUUUCCCCCUUUCCUCUCCCAGCUCAGAUUCCUGCUCAGGAUCUGUGGGAUCCUGUAUGGAGGGGCAAACCCCAGACCUCCCCCCCUCCCAAAUCACUCCCGGCAGGAUGCUGGCACAACCCAGGGCUGGGCAGUGACCUGGGGACCAGAGGGGAGGUGUAAAUGGGGGAAAAUGUCUCCUCCUGCUCCUCUAGGCUUGGUUGGGUGCAACCCGAGUGCCAUCCCCCAGUGCCUGGGCUCUGGGUGAAGGGGGAUGCGGGGAGAGCUCUAAACUUUGCUGUGUUCCCCAGGGCUCCCUCCCCUCCCUGCAGAGCCCUGGGACCAGGGUUGGUCCCAAAAGAAUCCCAGGACUCCAUUAAUGCCACUGCAGCUGCUCUCUGCCCUCCCUGUGUCCCACAGUGAAACUGGGGGAGAGGAGUGAAGGAACCAUGGUGUGUGCUGGGCUUCCAGAGAGGGCUGGGUGGCAAUAACUGCUCAGGGCAUGGCUGUGUGUAAGGUUAAAGGGUUUGUUAGAAGAAGGGAGAAGCAGGGAGUGACAAGUGAUGUCACUGUGGUGAUGGGACAGGCUGUCAUUUAGGGUCAGCACCCCCAAAACUCAACCCCUCAGCCUGCACCCCUGAAGGUGCCAGCAGCUCUGGCUCAUGUUUGGAUGUGAAAGGAGCUGCUCAGAGCUGGCAGAGGGAGCUUCCAAACCCCAGCUGCUGGCAGGGGGGAGGAUUGGGCCCAUGCAGAUGGGGAAAGACCUGUUCAGUCCUAAACCUUGCUCCAGUGCUAGACCAGAGACUGAUUGCUUGGAGCAAAACUGUUAAAUACCUUUUUUGGGCACAUCACGGGACAGCUUCACCCAUUUCUGCCAAAACUUCAGGGCCACUGAUGUGCAUUUUUUGAUGAGUUCACACACUCCCUGUGCUCUGUGGAUGCUGGGCCAGGGAAGUCUCCGUGCAGGAAUGUUUCAUCUUCAGACAAAGUUCACACAUCAACCUUUGAGUUAAUAUUCCCCAGGUGGGAAGUUCAUUUUUUCAGUACAAACCCUUCCUCUCCCUUCCCACAAAAAAACCCAAAAAACAACAGCAAAAAAAAAACCCACCAAACAACCAAAAAAAACCACCAAAAACCACCACCAAAAAAAAUUGGGCUCAGUGAGAGUCAGCAGGGAAGCAGUUUUGGCUUUUGGGGUGGCUGGCAGGUCCCUGUGUUCAUGCCCAGCAGCACUGAGGUCUCUCUCCUCAUUCCCUUUGAACAGGACUUGAUUUCCUCAUUAUUGUUUUGCAUCCCUAGAAAAAAAAAACCCUGACCCGUGACCCUGCGUGCCCAUGCGUGUGCUGGGCUUGGGGUUCUUGUGGUUUGGUUUGGUUUGGUUUGGGUUGUUUUUUUUCCAGGCACAUUUUUCUUCAGCAAAUCCAGCUGUGUGCAGCUGCUGCCCCUCGAGGAUUUCCCCUCCCCACCUCCCCAUCGCCGCCGCCUCCUCCUCAGCCACAUUUCAGGCCGGUUGAAUACAGGCGAACAAACCCAGGUUUAUUUUUACCAGCUCUGUAGGAAGUCAGAUGAAGGAGGGAGGAGAGGAGGGAGGGAGGAAGGGAGGGGGGGAAGCCGGGGCAGAGCUCGGGAGAGGAGGGAGAGAAAGCGACUGCCCCCUCCUCACCACCCGCAGCUGAGCAGGCAGGGCUGGAACUGGGGGGAAAGGCUCAUGGGGAGAGAUGAAAAUGAACAGGGAAAAAAAAAAUAAUAUAUAUAUAUAUAUAAAACAAUUCCAGAGUGACAGGGCUGAUAAAUGUGGUGUGGAAGAGCAGAAAGUGAGGCUGGGGCUGAGUGUGACCCUGCAGCACCCACACCUGUACAGCUGCUCCCUGUCACCCCAUGGCACCCCCAGAACCCACCCUCAGCCUGGGGGCUCCCUUAUCCCCACUUGCUGGGGUUCCACGUCACCUCCCGGUGUGCUCGGGCUGUGGUCAGGGCACUCCCUCUGCUCUCAGGCUAAGGCAGGGGAGGUAGGGACCAACUUGCAAAAUGAUGCCCCAAAGCUCAUGUCCCUUUGGGGGGACACCUGCUCAUCCCAACCCACUUGUGUCCCUCUGCCCCAGGAUGCUGUGUGUGGUCAGAGGGAGUGCAGCCCUGGAGGAAGGGGGAAAAUUAGGCUGGGGUGGGACACAGCCCCCAUCCACCCUCUCCCUUGUGGCAGGUGGAGCUCUAUAUGCACCUGGCCAGACCCCCCCGAUGCCACCAAGGACCUUGUGCCACCACUUUUGUCUUGCCUUACAGUGAGACAAAGCCCCACAGCUGAGGCAGCCCAGCCACGGGCUCUCCCAGGGGAUUCCUCUUGCACCUCUGCCAAUUUGCUCCCGUGUCCCCAGGCAAGGGGAUCCCAGCUGCUGGGAGGUACCCAGUGACUUCAGUGGGGACCAGAUUUUGACUGACUGAUGCCACAGCUUGGCUCUCCCCCAGCCCUGGCCAUGGGGGAAUAGUUGGGGGUGCAGGGAUCACUGGGGGCCACCCCCACCUGUGCUGGGCAGGCAGGGAGGAGGUGGGAAGGGAACCCCAGCAUCUAACCUUGGACCAACUCAUCCAAAAGGGAGGGAGCCAACUCCCCACCUGGGGUCUGACCCAUUUAACAGACUGCAACACUGAUUAUUUUCCAUAGCUGAAGCUGUCUCUGAUUGUUAGUGUGUCUUAACCAGUCCCACAGACAUGAGCCAGCGUGGUCUCUGCUGUACCUCUGUGUCCCUCCUGUCACUGCUGCUGUUCCUCUUCCUCGGCGCUUCCCUGCUGGUUUCACACGUGGCUGUUCUCCUGUGUGAUGGGUGUAACUUGUUUUUCUUUUUUUUGUAGGUUUUUAGUAUGUUUGUAACCUGACAGAAUGGUGUUAUUAAAGCAUAACGUGUAUCUUCAGUGGAUAAAUCAAUCAAACCCC